AUGGGUCUCAAGGAUAAGAUCGAAGAAAUCAUGGAGUUCCGCCGCCUGGAACAGCGAUAUGCUCGCCGCAAGAACCGACACACUCUCACCUAUGGCGCCCAGUAUGUCGACGGAGAGUAUGUCUACAGCCCCAGCAGCCCUGCUGUCUCUCCUACCAUGUCAGCAGCCACAGUUCGGAAGCAGUCCACUGGCGGGAAGUCUUCGAAAUGGGGUGGAAAGUAG